CUAUAUGCCAUCGUAUUAUAUACGCUAUUGUGCGUGACUCAAUUCUCUGUUAUCGCGACGCGCGUAUGUAGUGCAGCUGAGAAAUUUUUGACUCCUUAGUCGCGCGUCUACGCUCGUGCACGAUCGACGACGGCGCCGGGCCGCGGCCUAUUGCGAAUGUACAAUAAUUCUUAGCAUGCAGUGAUAUUUGUUUAUUAUUAUUAAUUAUUACAAGCGAUGGACGAGAUUCGCGUGAUCGAGGACGACUCGUACUGCGCCAGGUGCCGACUGCUGGCCAGGAAGCCCUGCUUCAUACUCGGCGUCCUCUUCGGCUGCUUCGUCCUGGCACUGGUCGUCACCUUGAUCGUCAUAUUCACCGACGACAGCUCGCGGGGCGACGACGUGCUGAUCAGCGACGAGCGCGACCUGUGGCUACUCGAUCUCGACGGAAGCAGCAGUCAUGGCUUUCGAAAUCGCAGCAUCGUCGCCAGGUCGUUCAGCGGCAUCGGCGCCUUCGCCGUCAUGCUCCAGCUCCAGCAGGAGGGCAGCGGCGGCGGCCGUAGUCAGUUCGUCGCCGAGCCACCCUGCAUCUUCUGGCGCGCCAACAACUCCAGCUGGAUCGAGUCGCUCUGCCCGAGAUACGCGGCCAACAGGUACAGCGUUCCGCGCGACUGGGAUCCCGUCGCGCUGGCGGUCGACCACUUGGCCGAGAAUCUCUACGCGCUGGACGGGCGAGCCUCGACUCUGCUGAUCUUUGAUUUAAAGGGUCGAGGCUACGGUUUGGCGCUGGCCGAUCUGACGCGUCCCGCGGACCUGGCGCUGGACUCGGCGAGUGGUUGGAUAUUCAUACUGCAGAGAUCCGAUUCGAUACUCAAAGCCCAGAUGGACGGCAGCGGCGCGGAGCGCGUCGUGAUCGAUCCGAGCCUCGCCGCGAUGGCCCUGGACCGGCACAAUCGGCUGAUCUACUACGCCGACUCGGUGCAGAUCGCGCGCUGCGACUAUUACGGCCGCGGGCGCCAGGUCAUCGCCAAGCUUUCGAGCGAGACCACCAGUCUCGCCGUCGUGCCCAGGGCCAAUCGGCUGCUCUUCACCAGGACUCUGCAGGCCAGCGGUCACAGGCGUAGCCUGUGGAGCUGCACCAUCGCCUCGCCGUCGUCCAGCAGCAGUAGCAGUGGCGGUAGCAGCUCCGUCAGUCCCGGGGUCUGCGAGGAGACGCGCCAGAUCGACUUCGAGGAGCCGCGACUGAUCAGGGUAUCGUCGAGCCAGGUCGAUCCGCGACUGCCGGCGAAUCCGUGCGGCCGGGCGAACGGCGGCUGCCAGCAGCUCUGUCUGCUGCGUCGCAACGGGGGCCGCUCGUGCGCCUGCUACAUCGGCCACAGGCUCGGCCCCGAUCUCAUGAGCUGCGAGCGUCUCAGCGACUAUCUGCUCUACGUGCGGGGCGAUUUCGCUCGGGGACGCGUACUGCCGGACGAUCAUCGAAGCGCGGCAGCAGCCGGAGAAGCCUUCACCGACGCCCUGCUGCCCAUCGAGAUACAUCCGCUGGUGCGCAAGGGCGGCCGACGGCAGCUCGUCGACUUCGAUUAUGAUUACAACUCGUCGCGGAUGGCCUUCAGCGACGAGGCCAGUCUGCACCUGGUGAAUCUCGAGCAGUCCCAGUCCCAGCAGCAGCAGCAGCAGAUCACCUACGUGAUGGCCGGGCGCAAGUGCGUGCGCGGCUUGGCCUACGACUGGAUAACCGGCGACGUCUAUCACAUCCUGGACAACCAAUGCGGCCUUCAGCCCCAACAACAGCAGGAUAGUACCAACGUCGGCCACGAGAUCGCCGUGAUGAGGCCGACGACGACGAUCGGACAAUUAUCAACGACGAGACGACACCUGAUCAAGACCUUGCGCAGCUUCGGCGUGAAUCGGGGCCAGGUGGUGAGCAUCGCCCUCGAUCCGAAUCGCGCCUACUACUUCUUCACGGUGCUGUUCAAGGGCCAGGCCUACAUCUAUCGCUCGCACGGCACCAGGGUCGAGUACGUGCGCGAGUGGCGCGACGUCAACGAGACGGGCCUGGCCUGCGAUCGGCACGAGGCGAGACUCUACUGGCUGGGCCGCAACGGCAGCCGCGUCUAUCACGCCCAGUACGACGGCAGCGAUCCGCAGAGCUUCGAUCUUCGCCUGGACCACGACGACCACGACGUCGAUGGGGGGGCAUUUCGUUCGCUGACGGUGGGCGAGCGUCACGUGUACGCGGCGAGCCUCGGCGGCGUCUGGCGUUUCGACAAGCGCACCGGUCACGCAGGCCUCAAGCUGUUACCCGUGCACGAGGAAGGUGUUGCCGAGCCGAUCGCCGGGGUGAAGCUGUACGCGGCGAGCUCGCAGCCGGUGGCUCGGGACAACGCGUGCGCCCUCAACAACGGAGGCUGUAGGCAGUUCUGCAUUCGGACCCCCGUGAUGGUGAGCAACAGGCCCGGCAACAGCGUCAACGUCACCACGGACGUGAAGGAGCUCUGCCUCUGCGAGGAUGGCAAGAACAUAAUGAACGAUGGAAAGUCGUGCGCCUGAGGGAUAGACAUAUAUAAGAUGUCGAUGACUCGAUCAUGUUGUGUGUGUGGUUGUUGUGUAAAUAAUUCAAUUUUCCUGUAAAUAUACGUAGUUAAACUUUUCUCUGUCGUUGUACUGUGUGCUGUGUGUUGGUCGAUGUAUAUCUCUUAACGAAAUAAGAUAGAAAUGUUAUUGUAAAUGUAAGAAAAAUGAGUUUUAAUGAGCUUAAGUACGAUAUAAAAAUUUACAAAUUUAACGCGUA